AUGGGAAAACAUAACUGUGGUCGUCUUGCUGCAAUAGUGGUUUCUGUUGUCGGCUUUGCAAUAAGCUUGGUGUUCAAUGGGCUGUCAGUCGUUGGGAUAGGUCCUUAUAACACCACUACAGCCAAUGUGUCGGCUGUGUUUGACACCCAGAUCACACCUUCAGGAUGGACCUUUAGCAUCUGGAGCGUCAUUUACAUCUGGCUGACGGCCAUGAUUAUCUACAUCCUUGCGAGCCUUUGCAGAAAGAAUGGUUAUGGCUACGUUUACUGCAGCCCUGCAGUGCUGCCUUAUGGAUUCUUCAUUAGCUGGUGCAUCAAUCUGUGUUUCAAUAUUGGCUGGCUGCUUGUUUGGGACAGAGGAGUGAUGAUCGCUGCACUGGUUUUUCUCAUCCUGGUCAUCUGCACAAACUACUCCAUGAUAUGCUUCAUCUGCCAUGGGCUUCAUAUUUAUGGACCUUGGCUCAAGAAGUACCACAAUGCAGACCUGUGGCUCCUCCGCGUGUUGGUUCAAAAUGGUGUAAUGAUAUACACAACAUGGACAACCAUUGCAACUCUAAUCAAUCUGACCAUUGUACUGACUUAUGAUGUAAAGAUGUCCCCAACGGAUGCUGCCACCAUCUCAUACUCUAUUUUGGCUGUUUUGUUGUUUGUGUGGUUUAUUCUGGAAAACAUUGUCUUGGACAAACAUGUGCGGUACAUCCUUGUCAUCUACCCUGUUGUAAUCUGGGCUCUGGCUGGAAACCUGGACAAAAACUAUGACGCCGAAUCACCUACUCGCAAUGGCAUCUUCAUUGGUAAGACACUGUAGACAGUUACAUAUGAAUUAUAUGUGAUAAAUAUAUGAUAAUCUCUACAAUUGGCUCAUAAACAACAUCAUAAAAAAAGUGAAUAAACACAAUAUUAAGGAAACCAUAUACCGAG